AUGAAGCAAGAAUCUAAAGAAAGCUUUUGGAAUAACCUUUUGAAAUUUAUUUCAAAUCAUUCAACUGAAAUAAAAAUCAUCGCAUUUAUCACUGCUUAUCACUAUUUGAUUAAAUACUCAAGCAAAUUCUCAAACACAUUUAGUUUUUUUUCCAAGAGAGACGAUAUUCCAGAAUCUUGCCCAGGCCCUGGAACACAAUACGCCGGGUUAAGUAAAUCUUGCGAAGGAUGUCCAAAUAAAUCAUCUUGCUCCUCUAAUAACCCAUCCAACUCACUCAACUCAAACACUCCUAACUCUCUCACUGAUGUUCAUAACAUAGUGGUAAUCGCCUCUGGUAAGGGUGGAGUCGGCAAAUCAACGGUAGCCGUUCAAUUAUCUUAUAGUUUGGAACGCCUGGGUAAAAGGGUUGGCCUGUUAGAUAUUGACAUCACAGGCCCUUCAGUGCCAGCCAUGACUAACACUCGUCACUCUGAGGUAUUUGAAUCGCUUCUAGGUUGGUCUCCGAUUUACGUUACUGACAGAAUGUGCGUAAUGUCAAUUGGUUACUUAAUGAGUAACGAUGAGCAUUGCAUUAGCUGGCGUGGAGCUAAGAAAGACGCUUUAAUUAAGAAGUUUUUAACAAGCGUUAAUUGGGGUGAAUUGGAUUACUUAGUGGUUGACACACCUCCUGGCACUUCAGACGAGCAUAUAACCUUUAUUAACACUGUUAAAUUGCUCAGAGGAGUUGACAAAGGUGGCUUGAUGGGAGUAUUGGUAACCACUCCACAGAAAAGAGCAAUAGACGAUGUAAAAAGAUCAGCUAAGUUUUGUGCCGAUGUUGGAAUUGACAUAGUAAUGCUGGUUGAGAACAUGACAAAUUCGUUUCUGGACAGCACUGAGCAAACUGAUAUUCCCGAUGUCACGAGUGUCAAUGAGUUAAAAGACUUAUGUGAAAAGUAUAAAAUAAGUAAACACGUAACAAUUGAGUCUGAUCCUAAAAUAACGCAAGCUGGAGAAUUGGGACAAUUUUACCAUCAAAAUGAUACAUUCCUAAACUUGGCAGAAACUUUAUUAACACUGUAA